GGAAACAGUCGAGUUUGUGUGGCAACAUACAGAAACUCAAACCUGCGAUCAACCACCAACCUGUAUAUCAUUGAUUAAGCGGUAGACAAGAUGUCAAACCUAGAGCUACCAAGUCGAAGCUUAGCUGUUGUUAUAAUUGAGGCAAGCAUAUGCGUUGCUUUAAAUAUUACGAGCCUCAUUGGAAACAGUCUGGUUUGUAUAGCAGCGUACAGAAACCUUAACCUGCGAUCCACUACCAACCUGUACAUCAUUGCCUUAGCAGUCAGUGACCUGCUAGUUGCAACCAUCGAAAUGCCUCUAACUUCUUCAACGCUGAUCGUUGGAAAAUGGGACUUUGGCAACGCGUUAUGCCAAAUUCAAGGCUUUGUUGCUGAAUUCGCCUAUUACGUGACUCCAGCCACCCUUAGUUUGAUAGCGUUUAACCGUUACGUGAAAAUUGUGAAGACGAGCCACUACAAUAAGAUUUUUUCACCCCGAAGAUCUAAGAUAUGGCUGAGUUGCUUGUGGCUUUUCCUUGCACUUUAUCUGCUGAUUGUCCGAGUCACAAAUUGGAUCAAAAUUAAUUUCGUUCAAAGCUUUGCAUUGUGCGCCUUUUCUUAUCCAAGUGAUGAAAGUCAAAUCGUUCAUUACUGUCUCACCUUCGGCUUGCUUUUUGUUGUCCCGUUGUGCAUCGGUACUUUUAGUUACUAUAACAUAUUUCUCAAAACCAAUGAGCAUCAACAGAAUGUAGUCAGUUCGUUACAAAACAGAACUAACGAUGGUGCAUUAAAUAAUUCAGUGAGAGAAACCAAUCUUACUCGAAUGCUGUUCAUCGUGGCCGUGGGAUUUUUGUGUUCCUGGAUACCAAUGUGGGCAAUAGUCCUCUGGUUUCGUUUUUCCCCUGAAACCUGCCCAAGAAUUGCAGCUUUGGUUAAAAUUUUUAUCUUUUUUCUUAGUGCUUCAGUAAAUCCCACUAUUUACGCUUUCACCAAUGGCGUGUUCCGGAAGGAAUUUCGAAAAUUGCUCUGUUGCUGCCGUGAAAGGGUAAGAAUGGUGCCAAUCGGUAACUAAAAACGAUUGCGUGGAAUGGGAAGAACAUUAAGCGAAUUUUUAUGUCUCGCAGACUCGUGUCAGAGCAAUAUCAUCCUUUGAAA